AUGACGAUUUUGAUUCUCUUGCGAGGGAACUGUGGUCUUUCCAAGUGUAUCUCGGUUUACAUGGUGGCUAUGGCGACUUCUGAUCUACUGGCCAUUAUCAUUAUUGCUGUCGUGUAUCGCAUUUUGAACUAUUAUUUUCCAUUGUCCUUCUUGUCUCACACACCUGUAUGCUUAUUCAUUGUAUACAUGACUACCAUCACUCUCGAUCUAUCUGUUUGGUUCACCGUAUCAUUCACAUUUGACAGAUUUGUGAUGAUCUGCUGCCAGGAGUUCAAAAGAAAGCAUUGCACAAAAAGAACCGCUAUCACAUUAUUAAUAAUCGUCUCAGCCCUGAUCCUAUUGAAGAAUAUUCCGGUGUUGUUUGCAUAUGAACCUGAGAAGAUUAUUCAAAACGUCCAGUGGGGCUGUAAAACAAGUGCAACUUUCUUAGCUUCACCUCUUGGGAUGACGUUUGUCUGGUUUUACAGCGCCUCUGUUGCUUGGAUUCCAUUUCUGCUAAUAUUCGUGUUUAAUUCUUUAACCGUCUGCCGCAUUUUCGUGGCAAAUAGAACGCGUAUUGGACUCCAGGGGCACAGAAAUGGGAAUCAAAGCAAUUCAGUGGGCGAGAACCGGAGGAAAUCUGUCAUUUUAUUAUUCUCUGUGUCAAUCAGCUUCAUCGUGCUUUGGUUGACAUAUUCCCUAUGUUUGGCCAUCACCAGAGUGUCACACCCUAAUUAUUACCGAGGCGACUUCGCAAACCCUGAAUAUAUCGCAACAGAAACAGGAAAUAUCCUGAAGCUGCUGAGUUGUUUUCUUAAUCCAUGUAUUUAUGCAGCAACACAGAACAAAUUCAGGGAAGCACUGCUUAACGUAAUGAAACUUAUAUGGAAAAAACCCUCAGAAUAUGUUAAAAAGAAUAAACAGAGUGUUUAG